AGAGAAAAAAAAACAGAACAGAGAGAUCAUAAACAAUGACGUUCAAAGAAGAGGUGCCUCAAGAAGAUAUCGAGUGUGUGGAAACAUUACUGAUUAUGAGUAGCUCAAAGCCAGCGCCGGAGGAGUAUAAGAGACUUCAGUUAUGUAUACUUGGAAGAAACAAAAGCUCGACGAUUACUACUUCUUUUUCUACCUUCAUGGAGUCGAGAGGCCAUAUUCGCGACUGCGCAUUAAGAGAAUGUCCAUCAAAACGCACUAGAAACAGACGUGAUGUCCCUCCUAUGUCUCCUCCCAUGGAACAACGACAAUCUAAGAAGGCAAAACGCAAUACGAAAGCUUCUUCUUCCAAGACAAGAGAACCGACGCCAGGGUGGCUUAUCAGGUUGAUGAGAAGAAAGAACGGUAGAGAGCACGAAGACAAUUCGAAGAAGAUCAUAGAUAAAGAAUUAACCGCAACCGAUGUCCAUCCAAACAACAAUCGUCUCUCAAUACCUCUCAGCAACAUUGUGGAAUUGGAAUUCUUGAACCACGAGGAAAAAAGGGCCAUAGAAGAAGAUGCCAAUAAGGUUAACAAAGAAGGAGUAGACGCGAUACUCGUGACUUCUGAUCUAAGAGAAUUUCCGGUGAAUUUGAGGUUGUGGGACAUGAGAGGCAGUCUUCAAUACAAUUUGGUUACAGGGUGGAAUCAAGUGGUUGAAGAUUGCCGUCUAAAGAAAAAAAGAAAUAUUCGCCUCUGGUCUUUCCACUCCAAUGAUAAACUCUAUUUCGCUCUCGUUCCUCUCUCCGUUAGUGAUCAAUGAUAAAACUAUUGAUGACUUGCCUGACAAGUAAGCUU